CUUCCUUCCCUUCCUCUUGACACACACACACACACACACACACACACACACACACACACACACACACACACACACACACACACACACACACACACCAGGAGCUAUGAAUGGGUAGUCAGCUCCUCGUAUUUCGCUCCGCUGGUGAGUACCACGCCAGUCAGAGUGGAGACUGAGCCGAGCGCACAGCUACAGUCAGUGACCUGCUCCUUCCACGAGAAAUAACUAAAACUAUAAUUUUAUUUUUUGAUAUCUACGUUGAGAAAACACUGCUGAAAAUCUCUGACAAUCAGUGAUUUAUAGCUUGUUUUCCUCUGAGGAUUUACUUUGCGCGCAAAGUCACCAUGGCGCAUUUUACGCACUGCAGGUAACCAGCAACUUGGAGGCUCAAACAACCAAAAACAUGGAUUAAACUGCAACCAACUACCCCCCUACCCCAGAAGAGCUGAAAUGGCGGCACUUCGCAGGAAAUUUGGAGAAGACUACCAGGUGGUCAACACAAACCGGGCCACCACUUUCUCCGCUCCGGUAAAGAAGAAACGCCAGCGCUUUGUGGACAAGAACGGUCGCUGUAAUGUCCAGCACGGGAACCUGGGAGGAGAGACCAGCAGGUACCUCUCUGACCUCUUCACCACUUUGGUAGACCUAAAGUGGAGAUGGAACCUGCUCAUCUUCAUCUUAACUUACACGAUCGCGUGGCUGGUCAUGGCAUCAAUGUGGUGGAUCAUCGCGUACAUAAGAGGAGAUCUAAAUCACGGCCACGACUCGUCCUACACUCCCUGCGUGGCAAAUGUUUACAACUUCCCCUCAGCUUUUCUGUUCUUCAUCGAAACCGAGGCCACCAUCGGCUACGGUUACCGGUACAUUACAGAGAAGUGUCCAGAGGGGAUCAUCCUCUUCUUGUUCCAGUCUCUGCUGGGCUCUAUAGUGGACGCUUUCCUCAUCGGCUGCAUGUUCAUUAAAAUGUCCCAGCCGAAGAAACGCGCAGAGACGCUCAUGUUCAGUCAGGACGCGGUGAUUUCACAGAGAGACGGGAAACUGUGCCUCAUGUUCCGCGUGGGAAACCUGAGGAACAGCCACAUGGUUUCCGCGCAGAUCAGGUGCAAACUCAUAAAGGUAAGAUUUGGUAUCCCUGAAAACGGAGAAAAGAAACGAACAGCAUUUAUGAUCAUAAGAUCAUAUAAAUACUUAGUGUACCUGAUUUAACUUCAAUCUUUAAUCCAUAAGUUGAUUUUUAGUCAUUCCCUCUUUUGAGAUUUGCCUUUUUACCUUUCCCAAACGUUUUUCCAAGCACUUUGCAACACUGGCAAGGAAAACUUUCACUGAAACCUCAAGCACAACCAGACUCAAUGGUUCUCAGCCAUCUGCCAUGACCAAAUGAGCCAAUAAAGUCCGGUUUUUACUCCUCUUUUAUUUGAGGGCACCAUUUUCUUUUAAAGACUUGUAGGAUUUAACUGUAGCUCAACAUGAAUUGUGAAAUCUUAAAAGAAAAGUUAAAUAUAUAUUUUCGCCACAGUGGCUGCGCUCUCAAUUGACAGACAGUAUUUUGAGGAUCUCUAAUUUCCUCUCAUCUAAACUUUUUAGGGGAAAGAAAACAGUUGCAUGAAAUAUACCAACAGUAAGGGUUAACCUUUCUCCCACAAAGCUGAACCGCAUCAGUUUGAUCCACACAAUACACACCUUGUUAAACAAAACUGGCUCAUAGUAGCAUUACUAUAAUCCUGCAGCUGCAGGAUGAGAGAAAGCCAGGUGCAUCGCAGAAACACAGAGAUAAGAGAGCAGGCUGCAGUGUGGAUGGUCCACAGUGUGUGUGGUGUCAAUUCCUCUUCAGCUAAAGACACCUGCACAGACAGAUGUGUGUCAGUAAGUGGAUGUGACAGAGAUAAAAGGGCCCUGAAGAGGAGAGUGGGUGAGUUAGACACUCGCAGAUCAGACAAGUCAGUGAAACAGCUCUGAAGACAUGAACCAGUGCUGUUAACUUUAAUGAGCAAGUUCAUUAUUUGGUUUCUUCCUCUUCUAUAGGAUGUUUUCUACACGCCAGGGGUUCAACACCAUUUGAACUCCAUAAUGAAAAGCAAAAAGUUCACAGUGUUAGCCAUUAUGUCCUGGGUUUGAAUUCCUUUCACCACUAAUGAAGAACUCAGCACAUUUUGGUGAGAAAGGCUAAUGAACCCCUCACUCUGAAAAUAACCAACAGCCCAGAAAAUGACCACAAACAGCAGCAGGCUCCACUAGCCUCUGCUUUAAUUAUCAUAAUAGAGCUUCGUUCAGCCACAUCCAUGUUCAAUGUGCAAAAUGGCCCAUAAAGAAGACAAACAGCACUGGUGCGGGGAGCUUGUUUCUGUCUGUGCUCUCCUCUGUGCAGCCCAGCGUCGCACAGCUUAAUGAUGCUUGCAGGCGGUGGAAGAGGAGAGGAGAGGGAAGGCAGGGGGCUAUUCCAUGGUUACAAGCGUGGAGGGAGUGAGCAUUCACCAUAAAGUACAAUCACACCUCUCUGGUGUGAAUUUCAGCUCAUCAGCACAACUGGAGCUCAGAAUAUUCAGACUUCAAAUGUGUUCAAGCUUACAGGGAAGAUAUUUCAAAGCAAUGGCACCAAGAACUGGAGGGAAAAAUAAGACAGAUCUGCGUUAUUUCCAUCACACUGCAAAAUAAUUGAAGCUCUAAGAAUCUUUACUGUGCUGAGUGGUUCUGCGUGUGCCUUUACUUCUUGGAAAUAUAAUCAGUAUUGUGCUCAAUACCUCUCUGCCAAUCCCAUAUCAUUUUUACACCACCUCUGUCUGUGUAAUACAAUAAAUGCAGCAUCCACUGUGUGCCCCUGCUUUUUUUUCCUCUUUUGCUUCAGGGCUUUGUGGUCUAACCUUAUUCUUUCGCUUCAAAGACUCCUUACCGUGACACCGUUUUUGCAGCACUCUGCCACAGCACAGAACACACAGACUCAGAAAAUGAUAGAAGUAUGUGAACUUAAGUGCAUGAAAAAAAACAAAAAACAAUUAGGCUUAUUAAACUUAAGAUGUGACACACUACAUAUACUGCUUAAACCAUUUUUCAGUCUGAAUGUUGCAAUGCCUGUACAGAAAUGUUGGUGGUGCUGUUGAACUGCAACCCUCUUCAACUUAUGCCUUGACAUUUAAAAUAGUCGGGCAUCACCGGCAGAUGAUUCAGAGUUUGUGUAAAGGUUUUUUCUGCCUUUUUUAAGAGAGUAAAUGAACAGCUCUGACAUCCAACUGAACCAGGUGCUCUCAAAUUAUCCAUCAAAUCAAAACAAAUCUGUUCAAUCAUUGGCCAUACUUCCAGAAAGUACUGAUUAUAUAAGUCUUCCCCAAAAAAACUUUUUCCUUACUUUCAUGUAAAACUUUGAAUCGUACCCAUGAGCUGAGUACCUACUAAGACUGAUCUAAACCAUGUUUCAUGAAUCCACUGAAGUAUAGUUUGCAUCAGUCCAUCAUGUAAUCAAAGUUAAAAGCUUUUAUCUCUCUUGAGAACUUGAAGCUCAAAGCACAUCAGUUGAUUCAAAUACAUACAGUAGCUUUGAUUGGCUGAUUAUUGUCUCUUUAAGUAACUGAAAGAGUUUUCUUACAUAUAUGAAAUACCCUGAAAUUCACACUAAUGCUGUUUCAUUUUAUCUAAUAGUCUGGAUUUAAGCUUGUGACGGAAAAGAUAAAGAGAUUGUUUUGUUCAUAGGGCAGCUAAAAUUAGCAUAAACUGAGGUCCUCACAGGAGCUUUAAGUGGUCCAUGUGAACCAUCAGAGAACCUGUGGCUUCAGUGAUACCAUGGAUAAUUAAGAAGCUUUUAUCUGAGGUGUUCAUCUUCUAUUUGAAGUACUUUGUAUUUGAAUGUAAAAAUAAGGAGCAUAAAUGUGCUGAAUAGUCUUUACUCCUUCAGAUAAAAUGUUCUUCUUUGUUUCUUGGUGGCUCAUGAGGUACAAGAGCCACCCAAAUAAUGCUCCGGUCCACCAGCCCCCUCCAGCAGACUUGCGGCAGACCUUUCACACAUGAACCCUUGAUGGUUCCCAGACCUGGGGGUGCUGACAUUCUCCAGACUUUCUCUUUUACACACGUCCCCUCUACAGCAGAGGAUUAGAUAGAGUCUAACUCAUUUUGACAAGAGGAGGGUUUUUUUCUUCAUCAUCAGUGACUGUACCUAUGUGAAUAUUACUAAAGCAUGUUUCAGCAAUGCAAACACAAAAGUGGAAAUCAAAGGCAAAUGAGGAAUGCAGUUAAGAGUAUAAAGCAGUGAAACUUUGAAUAGCUGUGUUUACAUGGGCACAAAAAAAUCGGAAUAAAUGAAAAAAUGCGUCAUGUAAGCAUGAUGAUCGGAAAAUUCUGAUCCAAUUCGGCUCAAUCGGAAAAAAAUUGUGUCAAAAUCAUUAUUCUGAAACGCGUCCAUGUAAAGUUUCUAACCUGACUCGGUCUACACUCUUUGCUUAUUGAGGCCAGCACAUGAGGUUUCAUUUUUAACACUCUGGCAUAAAACACAACAGCAGGUGCCGUGUCUGCUCCUCCGGUAACAUAACAAGACGUACAUACAGUGCAAUGAUGUCACAUCGACAGUGCAAACUUUGACAGAACAGUAAAAUAAGUAAGCAAGGGCGCCAUCUAGUGACAACAUUUAACAGGGGGGAAAUCCUGAAUUGGAUGAAGUGAGUCACUACCGCGUUUGUUGGUUUGUUGACAGCAUGGGCGUAAAUACAACUCUUCUUCUGCAACUGUUUUAGUGAAAUUAGACAUCUCUGCAUGUCCAAAUGCUUCUAAUCUGGUGCAUAUUUACACACGUCAUGAUCGGAUUAUUUGAUUUUGCGCCUAUACAAACAGUGGAUUCAGAUUUUCCGAUCCCUCAAAUUUUUUUAUCAGAUCAAGAAAUUUUGCCCAUGUAUAAAUGGCUAAUGAUGCCAAGAACACAGACUUGCUUAUGCAGACUUUGAACUGAGGGGUUUGCAAGAAGCUGAGAGUGUAAUAGGUGUGUGAAAAGGCUUUACAAAGGGUGCAGUUUCUUCACUGGACUUCACUGACAACACAAACUGUGGUCACUUACCCAACAAUCCAGAAAUCUCAGUUCAAAAAGUACUCACCUGUCUAAUAGCAGCUCACAUUCCCAAGCUGUUUUACAUCCUGUCAAACAGUGAACACACCACCCGUGUGUGCUGAGCUCAAACCAAGUCAAGCAACUGGACAUUGGAGUUCAACUUUUCAGUGUGUGUAAAGGGGUGAGGUUUGAUUGUUGACGUCUGUUUUCAGAGAGCAAAAGUUAUGUAACCUCAGUGUUUCGUACAGGUCUUGCCCUAGAGGCUAAAUGAUGUCCUUUUCAAAUGCUAUAAAUCAAAAUUCUGAGUAAAUGUUGACUUACCUUCUUUAGUUCAAAUAAAAUGGACAAUAGUGCUGAAUCUGGAUUCACUGCUGAUAAUGGAACCGCUUAAACUGGAACGACUUGUUGCCCAGCUGUGUUUGGACCAUUAUGUUGGUGCGCCAGAGCCCUGCUUAACUGUCAUGCAUGAUCACUGGUUGACAGCAGACAGCAUGAAGAAGGGAGAGAUAGACCAAUGGGAGCUGUCAGAAAGAGUCCAAACCAAGAUGAGAUGAAAUGCAGCUUUGCAGGGCAUCCAUGACAGCCUCAGAGGGCACCCUGGUGGAACAUCCAUGCUGAAAAUAUGGCUCUGGUCUUACUGGGAGAGUGGACGGAUGGUGAGAGAGUGGAGAAAUUGAUUGAAAGCGAUGGCAGGGGGAAAGCUGGAGAGACUUAAAAGAAACUACUAACAGGUUUUAAAAAUAUUUUCAUUGUAUGAGCAGUGCCUUCUAUUUCAGAGACUAACAAGGGAGUGAAAUCCCCCUCACUGUAUAUCCCCUCCGAGGAUUGCCACAUACACCAUUCACUGAAGCCAGGAUUGAUUUCCAUUUCUUUUCUGAUAAGAAUAGUGAUGCAAUUAUACUAUCGGGUUGUGGAGGGCUGGAGAGAGGCAUAAAACCCUGAAGUCAUUUGCAAACCAGAGAGUGAGAAACCAUGGCACUCUGGACUGCAUACGUUCCUGCCUUCACAGAUGAGAAUACAUGAGAAUACGUCAGAGGAUUCAAAACAAAGACAUGCAGACUCAGACUUUCCACUCAUGGCUUCUAUCUGAGGCGUCUGUACUUUAAGCAUUUCUAUUCUUUAUGAACUUUUCUUCUUCAGGCUCUUUACAAUCAAUGUACAGCCCUGUUAGUGUUCUCCACUCUCAGGCAGAAAUCAAAGGCAGCACAGUGACAACAAAACACGUCUUUCGCCAAGAACAUUGUGACACUGUCUCUGCCUAAGUCUCUGAGUGUCACAUAGAGGAUUAACAUGAGGAGAAACACAGCAUAAGACGCAGGAAGUAGAUUUUCAGCAGGAGCCUCCAGUCACUUUUAUCCUGGUUUCACUCACCUGAUAACUACACAAGCCUGUCUAAUUUUUAAUAUGAGUGCAGCUUAAGCAUCCGGAGUCACCUUAUCAGUACUGCUUCAGAGGACUCUUUGGUACAUUCACGAGAUAAAUCUGGCAACUUUUCAAUUGUGAUGAACCAUCUUGAUAUGUUUUUUUUUCUUUUUUCUGAGCAUCUAAAGAAACAUUCAGAUGUCCUCCUGAGGCAAACCUUUGACAAAUAAAGUAAGAAAGACGGCAUCAUGGAGGAGCUCUUGAGAUCCAGUUUAGUGCUUCUGCUCAGCCCUGCUUCCACUUUAGACAAAGAUUUCAGGGUAAAAUCCCUCAAAAGAAUGCCAGUAUGCCAUCACCUAUUGACUCCCUGUCCUUUCUCAAGCUCAGUGAUGGCAGUCGCAACAUAAAAAUACUACGUUUGAGCAGCUUCAUAGACCUUAACCUUAAUUUUGUACCAGGCUGUAAACACUGUUGUUCUUGCUGUAAAAAUGGGCAUUUCAAACUGGGUGCCAGUGGGACUGCUUCAGGCCAUAGACUGUAUAUAGAUUGAACACCGUCUGCCUCCUCACUUGGUGAAGCCACCACAAGAACAGCACCCUCUGGUGAUGGGCUGCAGUAUAGGUCAUAAAUCCCACCUCCUCCAGCAAUCCCUAUGGGACUGUGGACAAACUUAAGAAAUUUAUUACACAGAAAAUCCCCCCCCCCCUUUGUGCUCAAGUUUCUGUACAGCUCCAUUUUUAAAUGUUAUUAGGGGGUUCAUGUUUUCUAUGAUUGACACUUGAUACAGCCUACGGGCGUACACAGAUUGUGCAGCUCACCCGGGCAUAAGCUGUUUGAGCAGAUUGUCAUCACAGCGACUCACGGCAACUCGCCUGCCGAAUGUGUACAAUGCAACUGCACAAGUAGUGGUUUCAGGAAGUGGAGAAAAUCUCAGAAAUACAGAGAGCAUUUCAGCUUCAAAAUCUUAAAAAUGGCGUCCAUAGUAUAUAUAGUCUAUACUUCAGGCUUUUGGGGCCCCCUCUAGUGGACACGCGAUGAACUGCAGUUAUUUUCUUUUUAUUUUUUGUACUUCUGCAGCAGCUUACAAUUUCAAGCUGCCCUGUGAACGCAUUAAUGAAUGUCAUCAGCUCGGUGCAUGCUCCAGAAAAAAGGUUGUACCCAGAACAUUUUGGGGGCUGGCAUUUCCUGUGAGGGCAUCAUGAGUGUAGAUGAGAGACUAUGAAUCAAUGGCAGAUAUAACCAAAGCUUCUUCAUGAAUAGAAAAUAUUAGUGAUUUAAGUACAAGCUAUGAUGAUGGUUUAGAUAGCUUUGCACUCAAAUCGAUGUAAACUGCAAAUGUUACUGUGUCUAUUAGGUAAAGUUGUAUGGAUAAACUGUUGUAAGUUGGAAUAUUAAAUUUAGAGAGUAGCGUAGAGGAUGGACUUGUAGUUUACAGAAGUCAAAGUUCCCACCCACUUACUGGUGAAAGUUAGUGUUGAUUUUCUCAUUGUGGUUACUUCUGGUUAAACGUUUUCUAAACAUUUGUCACAAUUAUUAGCUUAAUGAGUUUUAAUUUAGGAGUGCCAGAGAUCUAAAAAAGUGAUCAGUUGUUAAAAGCUGGACAAACUAUAAUGCAGACCUUGAUCAUGUUUAUAAACACCUAUCUUAGGGUGACCAUAAUUUAAUAACCGAAAACCAGGACAAAAACCAAUACUCAGCUUGGCAAUGAGAUAUUCUAUAACUUUAGUUUUCUUCUUCAUCCUAAAAAACAAUGAAAACUCUGACAUUUUCAUCACUUAAUAGAAAACAACCAGGAGGGCCAGGACAGAAUGUAAAAACAGGACGUGUCCUGGGAAAACACCCUAUAGCAUAUCUCAUUAAGACCUUAAGAAAGAAGGUUUAUCUUCAUCAAGAUGAGUAAAUCUGGAAAACCCUCCUCUCUCAUUUUGAUUAAAUCCUUUUUUGUGGCAUUUUUGUACACCCAGAAAAGAUAUUUUAGCUAUUCUUACCAGAUAAAUUGGCAAAUGCAGGUCCUAAUGAUUCAUGGGAACUGAGCUGCUGGAUCAGCACCAAUGGAGAGCUUUGUUGUAUUGAAAUGAGGAGGACUUUCUAAUUUGUAACAACUCAUUUUAAAUAUUGGUGGGGCCAGUUGCAACACAGAAGUGAUGUUUUUCUGCCCUUAAAUUGUACCAGGACAUUCAAUUCUGCACAUCUGGUUCAGCAGGCAGCUUUGAUGAGCUGCUUUCGAAUGCCUCCUUUAUAACAAUUAAACAAGAAACAUUUUAAUUGUAUCAGCUUAUUCAUGAAUUGGCUGUAUUAAACACUGUGUGGGCGAUUGUGAAGCAAAACUGAGGAACACAGCUGAGUUUUAACAGGCUGUGACGGAGUAAACAAGCUGUGUAUUUCCCAUUUCUUACCAGAUGUUGGCUGCGACGCACAGUGGGUUUCUCUCCACCAAAAGAAUUGAUUAAAAUGGAAAAACAAGGGCAGAUUCUUUUUGACAUCUUCUGAACUGUUUAUCCUUUUUGAAUGUUUUGAACUCCAAUAACCAGUUCAUUAUCUCUAUUACUUUUUUUAGAAGGACAGCAGACAAAAGGCAAAAUGUGCUGAAAAUGGGGAUGACAUGCAGCAAGGGGUCGAAGAUCAGGAUUAAAUCAAGGCUGUAAUGAUUUGUAAUGAGGCGUAGAACAUUAUGCUCCACCAGGUGAAGACCCCUUGUUUGAUAAUAAAUGUCAUAAUAAAGUAAUACCAAUAAUACCUUCCAUUCAGUUUCAUUUAUGCUCCUCGAGGCAAGUUUGUUUAGCACAAUUCAUACACAAGGCAAUUCAAAGAUGCAAGGAAAUACAGAAAAAAAAAUGGUUUAAAAUCAGUAGGACAACAGAUUUUUUUUUUUCGUCUGUUCUGUGUUUGCCCUAAACACCAUGGAAACCAUUGUUUCUUUGAAAAACCAAAUAGGUCACAAGCUUUCAGACCUGGGGCUUCCCAGAUGGCAAAUAGUUUUCUCUUUGUCUAUCUCGGACAGUAUUAUCCCCAAUUCCCACUGCAUCCAGAAUGGCUGCGAAAAGGUUGUAUGCGCCAAUCGCAGCUGAUCAUUUCCAUUCAAGUUAAUGCGUCAAUUUCCAUCAGCUUCUUUCCGUUUCGCUGCUGUUCAGCAGAGUCCACGCUGAUCGCAAGAGUUGUUCUUUUUUUCCGGACGCCGCAGCAUGCAGCGUAAAUUUAGCAUAGAUUACCCUGUGCUGGAAAGGAAGUCGGACACAGAGACAAAAUAAAACAUCCCGCUUCUUAAAAAAAAAAAAAACACUACGUGCUUCGGGCGGAUUGUAUUUCAGACCAUGCAAACGGGUGAGGACAAAUAGGUCAAAGGUUUUCAGACAGCAUUUAAUCCCGAUGACACCAUGGAUGAGGAGAUGCUGAGUCUAGAAGUCUAGAAGUGGAUUUCCUCCUCUGGAAGGACACAACUACUACUACUGUCUACUGUUUAUAUGGUUAUGUGGCUGUCUUUAUAGAGACAACUCGUUAUCGUGUGAUUGCAUGUAAAUCCACAGGUUCUUGUGAGGUCUCGCAAUUCCUGCUGUCCAAAAUCUGCCACAAAAUUUGCCUCACAAAUGCAUCCAGUAGGAAUUGGCGGACGUUGAAUACCGCUGCUGUUCCUUAGCGGAGCCGUUCUGGAUGCAGUGCAUAUUGGUGGUUAGUCCCUAAAACUAAACGUAAACAUUUUCAUCCUCACAAAGGUGAGGUAUUUUGUAAGUCAGUCUCUGCAGGAUUGCUUCUUUUUCCUGGUUUUAUUCAGUAAAUUGGAAACAGGGUGAAAUCUUUCACGCAUGCAUGUUAACAUAAUCUCAGUCCAUGAAACUCAGGAGAUAAUCCUGUAUUAGUCUGAUCGCCUCAUUCAUCUGAUCAAUUCCUCCAGUUGGUCUCUGCAGGACUUUGGAGACCUCUAAAUGUCCAGGCAGACAGAAUCAGUGAAAGCUGUAAGAGUGAAAGGCUGCGUGAUUCGGCUUGAUUGUCAGUCGACCUGAUUGCCCACAAGCCCCUCUUUUCUGAUUGAUGACGCCUCUGUAGAAGAUGGAGUGCAUCUGAGUAAGAAGAUCAGGCCACUUUGGCUCUAAGCAAUGUUAUUUAUCACCUGUCUCCAUACAUGAGCAUCAUUCACAGCCCUGAAAUGCUCUUUCAGUUGUGUAAAACAAAACCAAGCUGCCUCUUUGAUGAUAAUGAGCAGCUGACAGGUUGGCUGAGUUCAGGAGUUUGCAGACAAGAUGUGUAGAGUGUUUUUGCUGCACCAAAGAGCAUAGAGAAGUACAGAGAAAGAUCCUUGUAUGGAUGCAUCAGGGCUCAGGGAAAGAAAUCUGUUGAUUUCUCGGGGUGUCAGAUGUGAGAAAAAGGAGACGAGCUCGGCUAUCUCAGGAUCUUUGUGCAAGAAGAAGCGUAGGAGAGGAGGGUGCCAGAGGGCUGGAGUAAGAAGCUUUGCCUUUCAGUUUUUACAUACAGUCAUCCAUCUUUUAAUCUUAAGCGACAAAGACAGAGAGUGAAAAAAAGAGAAUUUCCCUUAGCAAGCAUUAGAUAAUCCUCACAGAGGAGCGAUGCCAAACAGCCUGUGAGCACCUUACAAAUGAACAAUGCCCCCGCUGACAUGAAGCCAUUCUCCAGCAUAAACCCAGAAGAGCAUUUUAAUGAAAUGCACAAAAGACAGAGAGAGAUUGCCAUGUUUUCUGGCAAUGCAAAGCCUGUUUACUCACACUUCAUUCACAGUUUGCGUGUUGGGAGGAUUAAUCCACCGGCAAAGUCAGUGGGAGGUCAGGAUGGUUGGCACGUAUAGCUGCAGUACGGUAGUGGUCUGGCUGGGUGAAUAAGAGAUGCCUGAAAAAGAGAUGCACAAGUAAACCAGCUGAAGUCGUCAUUUAUUUGUGAAUGAAAAUCCACCGCCUGCUCCUCUGAACCCACCUGAAAACUUGAUCAUUUUUAUAGAUGAUCUAACUCUGUCUGAGUUUGAUCAAAGCCAACCACAGAUCUCACUAUGAAAACAGUGAGUCCCACAGUCCUUCAAUGGAUUAGAGGAUAAAUACUUUCAAAUUUAUCUCAACAAUUGUGCCUUUACUAGAACUUUCCAUGUACCACCUCUUUACCUCACAUGCUCAGGCUGCAGAUGACGAGUUUUUUCACCCUUUACAGAUCCUGAGCUGCUACAGCAAACAAUAAACUCUGUAUGUGUCUCCUGAGACAUAAGCUGAAAACAUUAGCAUAUAAAGUAUGUUUAUAGUUUUCCACCAACAGAAUUAACGAAUCAAGUUAUAUUCAAGGUCACUGAGCCAAUUAACUCUUUGCUGUGGGCUAAAACAGACGUAAAAAAAAUGUGAUCACUGAUCAAACAUUAGUUGUGUCAUUUCCUUCAAACCUGAGCUUCAAAAACCUACAAUAUUAACAAGACCACUCAAGACUGUGUCAUUUUUUAAAUGCCUUGUAUACAGUGUUAUAAUUAUGCUGGUGCUAUGGUAAAGAAAUGCUCUGGUUGUCAGUGUAAAGUGGUCAAAUCUACAAGAAAGAGGAAAUCACUACUGGCUCAAUGAUACGAUAUUAUCACGAUGCUUGGGCCACAAUAUGGUAUUAUUGUGAUUUUUAACAUUUUGCAAUACAGUGAGUAUUGCAAUACAAAAUAUUUCGAUCUAUUCUAAUUAGCGAGUUUAGCAUUUGUCUUUCCUUUAUUUUUGUCUUAUUUACACUGUAUUUUAUUUUUUGUAUUUUAUUCGUGUAGCACAUCUUGCAAAACUUAUAUUUUGUUGGACUAACGCUCUCCUGCUCUAUGAUAUCACCUUUGCCAACCUCACUGGACAAACAGUUGAUUUAAUUAUUCCAUCAUCAUAGAUUUGACUUCAUAUAAGCAACUAAUUUGAAAAAAUCGAUACUUGGUCAAUGAGACAAUACAAUAUAUCACCAGACAAAAUAUCACCUUACUUUGCUGUAUUGAUUUUUCUACGAGAAAGGGUUAAAAAAAGACUGAAACAAAGUUAAACAGUCUUUGAUAGUGGCAUGUAAGACAUUUUAUGAUAUGUGCAACAUUUAAGCUACAGGUUACUAAUUAAUUGAUCAUUUAACUAUCAAGAUCAACCAGAAGCAGCUCAUAUUUCAAAAUAAAAGCAUAGUUUUACAACACAGAAUCCAACAUGCAAAAUUAAUGAGAAAAUAUCAAAAUUAACGCAUGACAAAUAAUCAUUUUAAGAGGUGAAGUCUUAACUCACUCUUCUAAGCUGCUGGUGCUAGCUUCGUUAGCUAGUUAAAAGUAGCUGGCUGGAGUCUCGUGGCAACAAUCUCCAUGUCAGCCUGAAAAUAUUUCAGUCUGUAACUUCAUGUGAGUGUCUGCUUUUGUCUCCUAGUCUGUCCUUUAUUUUAAUCAUCUAUGAAUUUAUCAUUUAAAAAAACAAAUAGACUUGAUCAUAAUUUUGACACUGUUUUCUUCAUAAUCAAUCAAUCAAUAGUAUAAGAACAAUUCACUUUAUCAGCUGUCCUAUUUUAUUAUCAGGGGUUGAAUCUGACACAGAAUCAAACGCUGAAAAAGGAAACUGACUGUGUGGGAAUAAUGUGUCGAUUAUUUUAGGAUGUUAAACAAAAGAGCCAGAAACAGCAGAGAGGGUUGUGGAGAAAUGGGGGGGGGGGGGGGGUGUGGGUGGGAGAUCAUUAUGAAGCUCUGUGUGGUGGAGGCGGGAUAGUGUGUGUGUGUGCGUAUCUGUGGGUGGGUGGCUGGAGGCUGACACAUCCCAAUUAUUGACUGGAGGUGUAGCAAAGUAGAGAAAGAGUGAAAAUAAAAUAAGCCUUUACUAGAAAUUCUUUAGAAAACUUGAUGACAGACUUUUGAAUUUUUGAUUCUCUUAUUCAAUUGUUGUCUCUAGAGGAAAGUCCCCUUUUCUCCAGUGUUACUCCCAUUAAAAAAGAAAGAUGUUGUAAAUUUAAAGCAUCAAGUGAAUUAUCUAUAACCUGCUGCUCAAAAUAUAAAAGGAUUUGAGGAGAUUAACCAAACUUCUGAAAACACUGACUCUUAAAAAUAGGAAAUUUAGAUAUAACAGCAGAAAAAAACACAUUUUUUCACGUUUGUGCUCAAAAAGCAGAUACAAGUCAUUGGUUUGGAAAUGCAGCUAUAUUAUACUGUUACUUUUCGGUUACUCUAGAGAACAAAAGCCUGUUUUUUAACAGGGUCUGUGUUGAAUAUACUAAAAUAUUUCACAUGAAUAAUAAAUAAAUGCUGUUCAAAGCGCUGAAAGCCCCUUUUUAAAACAGCAGGGUGUCCAGAAGAGCCAGAAAAUUACAGGAAGUGUUCAGGGAAAUCUUACAGACAAAAAAGGAGGAGGCUAAAAAAGUCUUCUUGUUUUUAUAAGUUAAAGUCUUAGCUUGUGCUAUAUUUCAUGUUUAAUGUUUGCACAUACAGAGCAAAGUCUAGCAGAGUCGGUUUCCCUGUAUGUGUUACAUAUUUGGCCAAUAAAGCUGAUUCUGAUUCUGGAGAUGGUCUGAUAGAUCCAACAGAAUGAGACCAGAAAGAGCGAGUUACACGCAGGACUCUGGUGUUGUGCUCCACAGUCAUCUGGGCAAUUAAAUGCUUCUGCACCAGUUAAUGCUCUGUGGGCAAAUCCUGUCCAAACACUGCUGUCUCAUAUGUCCGCCCGCAGGUUCAUCCACAAAUCAAUGUGGAGUGCCAGGUCUGUGGUCACUGCAAACACAGCACGAAAAAAGGUGUUUGAAAAAGAGGAGACGGACGGGGAGAGGAAACACCUCCAGUAACCUUCCUAUGAGAGUUAUUUAUUUAGCCAAUCCCUCCAUCUCACAUUGGGACUAAAAGUAGAGAUGGAAAGAACAUUCUCUCCAGAACUGUUCAGGUUUCUUAUAUAACACGGUGAAGCUGAAGCAUUUGGCCAUUUUUCUACUGAAUAUUUCAGGUCCACUGAGGAAAAGUGAGGAAAAGUGUCACAAGCACAAAAAACGUUCUGCCUAGUCUCACAAAAAAAAGGGAACAUGUAUAUUUCCUGUGCAUGCAUCUCAGAAACUUAUCCGUGUGGCCAAGUCACUGAGCUACCGUCGCUUUUACACCAGUACUACUUUGUUCUGAGGUUCAGACAGCUUUGUGAGUGGGCAACAGGAGACUAAUUAUUUCAUACUGGCAUCCAUGAAAACCCUCAUUUCAGCUAUUUUAGCCACGGCCUUGUCUUGAAAGGAGUCGCUCAGAAAACCUUGAAAACUUGCCUGAUGAUAAAGCUGCCAUCCAUAAAUAUCACACUAGGGACUCAAUUCAGCAUGGACAUCCAACACUAUAAUAUUAAAUGUUUAUAUGAAAGUACAGAGCAGAAUAAUACUGUAAUACUGUAGUAAAUCUGUAUACCUUUGAUACUAAUUCUUGUCUUUUUUUGCAUCCUGGUUUUAGAUGACCUCUUAUUUGCCUAUAAAGGGUAUCCUGGGCCUAUAAAUGAAGGUUUAAGUCUUCUUUCCAGAGACAGGAAGAGGACCAAUCGUGCCAGCUCACAAGCACCUCCUUCUCUGUUUCGUGGUGACAUGCAACUAAUCCUCUGUGUCCUGUUUGUGUCUUCUCUUCUAUCUUUCUUGGCUCUUCUUCCUCUCUCUCUAUGAUCUCUUUCUCUCUAUGAUCUAUAACCUUUCAGUCUCGUCAGACACCCGAGGGCGAGUUCCUGCCACUGGACCAGUGCGAACUGGAUGUGGGUUUUGGGACGGGUGCAGACCAGCUCUUCCUGGUGUCUCCUCUCACCAUUUGCCAUGAAAUCAACCCCAAGAGCCCUUUCUUCGACCUCUCCCAGCGCUCUCUCAUGAACGAACAGUUUGAGAUAGUAGUUAUCCUGGAGGGCAUCGUGGAGACCACUGGUGAGGACUAUCCUCCUGAAUUUCACUUCCUGUCACUUCUACGACCUAUUCUUUGCAAUCACUGCUUCUCGCUCUUAUUCUCCCUCUUCACUCUCAAUCUAAAUGUAAAUUUCCUUAUUAAUAUCAACCCACAUGCAUUUCUGGCUAAUAGAUUCUCAUGAUCGAAACCUCUAAAAUCUCAUUACUGGACUUGCCUAGUCCUGCUUGCUUAAAGGUUGCAGAAGCUGAAGAAAACCAAGAAGGAGAAUCAUACUCAUGUACAAAUGGCACCCUGAUUGAAUUAUGUGGGAUAUUUAUUAUCACAGAAUUGGUUAACGCCCAUCCCAUGCAUAAUAAAAGCUUGUGGUCAUAAGUGCGCAUGUCACUUUGAUGAAUGAGCCCAGGUUUUAAGUUCCUCUCCAUCAUUUCAAAUGUCAGCAGAAAAAAAGAGAUAGCUCAGAGCCUAUAAGACGUUGUUUUAUACAACACUGCUUCCUCUGUUGCAUUUUUAAAAGGAUUAUUCCUCCCUGAAGUCUGAUACAAAUAAAUCCAUCUUCUUCCAUUCUUUUUAGCUCUGCCUCAAUCCAUCCCCCAGAACCCUCAGUUUGCCUUUGCUGUGGGGAAAACCACAGAGCUGAAUAGGCUUAGAGCAGGAGGGAGGGAUCAGCAGGGAAGCCGACACGGUCUGUGCUCUGUUGAUAAAACAAUUAAACUGGGGACAGUCACAAGUUUAGUGUUGCUGUGCUCAGGCUCUCAGAGCUGAGGGGUCAAGGAGAGAAGCCCUGGGACUGCCACCUUAAAUACUCCACCUUUAGUCAACCUUUAUCUAACAAAGAAAACCUAUCAACAGAGACCCCUCAGGAGUUCUCCCUCGGACCAAACUGGUGUUCACAGCUUUGUAAACGGCUGUCUCUUCAGCUCAUAGUUAUUAUAUUCAGGAUACACUAAAUCUGAUGCGGUUCUUGCCUGAUCUGAUUUGAGUCAUUCAAAACAGCAAACAACUCAAUGUACUGUGAUAGAUUUUAAAAAGAGUGCACCUCAUCUGAGAGGUUUGCCUCGAUCCAAAAUAGACCUGAGUGGUUAUCCUCAGUUCAAAAUGCAAUAAACACAAACAAAUACAGAGAGCCAACAGUGGUAUGAUUCACAGACUCACAGGCAACAAAAACCUCAAGUUGAUACUCAGUCUCUUGUCAUAGAACAUGAUCUGACCUGUUCUGUUCUGUCUGCUGAGAUCCACUUUUUACAUGUGAAACAGGAGCCUAGCUGGACCCAACUGGACUGAGACAAGUUUCUAUCGGCUUUGUCAACUUUGAAACUGAGCUGAAAAUCAUUUUUAAGCAAAUGACUUCACAUCUCAAACAUCUUCAAAUCAGUCUAUGGUCAAAAUGGUCCAGUCCCUACUCAGUACUGGUCCCUUACUGGUACUUGACAAGUGCUCAAUAUCAUUUCUUUUCAAGAAUCUUUGGUGUCUCUUACAAACCUAUUAGAUCAACUGUAAACGAUAUCCAAGUGAGUCUUGGCCUGAACCUGAUCUUGAGGCUCUACUAUCCUGUCAGCUCGACUUUAAAGAAGGAAACAGACCAUUUCUCCUCUUAACUUUUUCCUAUGCAGUGCACUUUGUUGAUCCAGCAUGUACCAGGAAGUUGCUGUCUUGAUUUUUAUUAUUUUUUUUACAUUUGUGAAGGACAGUCAAAGAUGUUUUCUUGUCCCAAAGGAGGAGGCAACAGAAAACAGAAGCUACCGUAUAGAUGUCUCAGAAUUACAAAGUGAAAAGUAAAGGGGUGUAUAAUUGGUCUCCCCUAGCAACAGGCCUUACAAAUUAUUAACUCAAUACCAGGUUACCGGGUUUUACAAUGAUGUUGGAUCACCCAUAUCUGCUAUUGAUUACUCUGACUGCUGAUAGGCUCACAGGAUAACCACUUGCUAGGACUAAAUUACUUUUACGCCAUUAAGGUAGAAACAAACUAUACUUUCAAUACGAGGAAUGUAUUCAUUCUUUUGUUUAAGACUCUUCUGCUCAAUAAAGACAGAAAAUGCAGUUUAGUGGCAUCACGGUGGUUUACCACAGAGAGGGAGGACCAGCACAUCAGACUAGGGACCGGUGUAGGCACCAGAUGUGUUCAGGCUGGCAGAUCAGCCCAGCGCCUGUUGAAGACGUCACACUACGGCAAGUCCACUUGGACAAACUACGUUGCACUCCAAUUAAUAAGUCAAAUGUGCUUGGUUAAAAGCCCCUUGCGGUUUUAUAUGGAGAGAAAAUUUCAACAAAUGGGGCUCUAUUUUCGUUCUUUGCCCGCUUCGUGGCGCAGGUGUUUCCAAACACAAUUCGGUAUUUUGGUGAGCGGCGCAGCCCGGUGUAAGUAUCCCCCCUCCCUAACUCAGCUCCUCCCAGCGGCAUAAGUCGUAGAGAGGGCGUGGAGUGGGUUUAACACAGCUGAGACCUGCUUUUGCCAAUCAGAACCGCUUCUCUCCUCACAUUUAAAUCUGGCGAGGCGCAUUACAAUUUUCGUGAAGUAGUCAAAGAGAUCAAGAGAUGGCUGAAGACAGCAAUGCCACACAAUGGCGACAGAAGGCAGUCCCUCAACAAGUGUUGCUGUAAGUGCUGCAGAGGGCGUCCUGCACACUGUCUCAUAUUGGCACAGAGGGAUUUGGUGUGUGUAAUGUUGGACCCACUGGUAAGACAAACAACCUUUUCCACAAAUAAAGACACUCACAUAAAGUUGCAUAUAUUUAAACCUCACGUGACAAAGGUGGGUUGUGCGCACAGAUCACAACAUAAAUUCAAAUAGAACCAUUCCAUUAAAAUCAGAACCAUCUGUGCGUAAUGACGCAUCGCGUUCUGUGGCCUGGCUCUUUCUUUCACAGAUGUUGGCAUAUAAAAUAGAUUUGGCUCACAAAACUGAAUAUUAGAUAUCCGUAUGUAGGCUUAAAGUAAAUAACUCAUCUGAGCACUGAAACAAAUCAUCUGUUCAGCCGCCGCAGCAGCAGCUGCAGCAGCACAGGGAGAGGACACGGAGACAUGUCCAGGUCGAGCUGUGCGAGAAAUAAGAGGAAGAGGAAGAGAGAAAAGGAGAGAGACGUAUUACAUAUCUUGUUAACUUCAUCAUGUGUGUCUAUUUACUAGAUAUUUAAUUUAAUUUAAUGCGGUUUCAGCUAUGUUGAUUCGGUCAGGUUGAGUGUCCAAACGCGUGCCAAACGCACUCAUCAGAUCAGAUAUACAGUGCAUCUGGAAAGUAUUCAUACCACUUCACUUUUUCCACAUUUCGUUAUGUUACAGCCUUAUUCCAAAAUGGAUUAAAUUCCCUUUUUCCCUCAAAAAUUCUACACAAAAUACCCCAUAAUGACAAAGCAAAAAACUUUUUUUUAGAACAUUUUGCAAAUUUAUUAGAAAUAAGAACACUCAAAUGUUGCAUAUACGUAAGUAUACACACCCUUUACUCUUGGUUGAAGAACCUUUGGCAGCGAUUGCAUCCUCCAGUCUUCUUGUGUAUGAUGCAACAAGCUUGGCACACCUGGAUUUGGGGAGUUUUUCCCCACUCUUCCUUGCACAUCCUCUCAAGCUCAGUGAGGUUGGAUGGGCAGCGUCAGUGCACAGCUACUUUCAGGUCUUUCCAAAGAUGUUCAAUCGGGUUCAAGUCUGGGCUCUGGCUGGGCCACUCAAGGACAUUCAGAGACUUGUCCUGAAGCCACUCCUUUGUCUUCUUGGCCAUGUGCUUAGGGUCAUUGUCAUGCUGGAAGAUGAAGCGUCUCCCCAGUCAAAGAUCUCAAGCGCUCAGGAGCAGGUUUUCAUCAAGGAUUUCGAUGUACCAAACAUCUUCCAUUUCUUAAUGAUGGAGACCACUGUGCUUUUCGGGAUCUUCAAUGCAGCAGAUAUUUUUCUGUAACGCCGAUACAACCCUGUUUCGGAGGUCUACAGACAAUUCUUUCGACUUCAUGGCUUGGUUUGUGCUCUGACAUGCUCUGUCAGCUGUGGGAUCUUAUAUAGACAGGUGUGGCUUUCCAAAUCAUGUCCAAUCAGCUGAAUUUGCCACAGGUGGACUGCAAUCAAGUUGGAGGAACAUUUACAAGGCUGAUCAGUGGAAACAGGAUGCACCUGAGCUCAAUUUUGAGUUUUAUAGCAAAGGGUGUGAAUACUUAUGUAUAUGCAACAUUUGAGUGUCUUAUUUUAAUACAUUUGCAAAAUGUUCUAAAAAAAAGAUUUUGCUUUGUCAUUAUAGGGUAUAUUGUGUAGAAUCUUUGAGGGGAAAAAGGAAUUUAAUCCAUUUUGGAAUAAGGCUGUAAUAUAACAAAAUGUAGAAAAAGUGAAGUGGUAUGAAUACUUUCCGGAUGCACUGUAGAUCAGAAUACAUCGAUAUAGAUCUAAAUGUAUGUGCUGACUCAGAAUAUUGGUUGUUGUUGAUUAUCUGUUGCACUGAAAUGUGCCUGACACUGUGGAACCCUGCCGGUGAGGCAUCUGUGACGUACGCCGAUACGCCGCUGGUCUACCAAAAUACCACUAUACCAGCUGCGCUCCGCCUGCGCUGAAAACUGACCAGGUUUGAAUCGGCAAGCUUUCAGCGCACAUUAUAUGCCAUCGGCAAGCACGAAAAUGUCACUGCGCCAGCCGAUUCUGUCGACACCUCCCCCUGCCGCGCCACCACGCCCAGCUUGGCAGACCUCGGUGUGCCUCAGGACAUGAAAAUACCAAACUGGCUGUACGCCGGGCUCCGCCAGACAAAAAUACCACUGCGUGGGGUCUGCCACCCUCCGCCACAUCGCCAGCGGACACAAAAAUAGAGCCCAUUGAUAUAAAGAAAAAGGAAAAUAAUCUACGUAGGAUCUCCAUUAAUUAUGGAUAGUUUUGCUUUUAUUCCCUAUUUCCUUUGGGAACCUAAAAGAGGUGGUAGUCCAGCUGUCGUAAGUCCCCUUUGAGAAGUAUCGAUAGAUUGCUCCGGAAAAUACAUCCAUGUUUUCUUCGACGAACUACAAUCCCAUGAAACCUAAUCUGGCAAAAACCACUUCCGUCUGUAUUGUCCGGACCAACCACAAUCUUCUAUGUCAUCUGAACCAACUUUCAGCUAAUCAUAUAGUGUGACGUCAUCAACAGGCACCGGGCCCCGAGCCAAUCUGGCAGCCCGAACACAUCUGGUACCUACACAGGUUAAUGCUGCAGAGAUACCAGCCUAUGGAGUCCUGACUUUGUGGUGUGGUAUGGCCACAUCGUGACAUGCUGUUGGCCUCUUUUUGGAUCUUAGGGUUGGUGUAGUAAGGAGACAGCAUUUAAUGAGCAGAUCAGCUUCAUUUCUAUGCAGAUGACUAACUCUUUGCAUAUUUGGUUUCACUCUCAUAAAAAGGCAGGAAUGAUUAUGAGCCCAGUAAACGCUGCCAGGACUUUUACAUAAAGUCUUCUUCAGGGACACCCUGCUCGAUUUCUGCCAAGUGUUUGCAUAUUCUGCUGAGGGCUUUCAUUUCCAUUUUCAUGUCAUAAACAUUAACCGUUUGGUUGAAUACUCAUAUGAUGGGGAGCAAAACUGGCACAUAUGUCCAAAAAUCAACCCAUAGGCUUCCUCUGCAGCAGCAUAACUACUGAUAUGGAUCCGUCGUCAGCAGAAAUACAUUAACUGGCCUUAUGUGACAAGGAAACUCAGCCAGGAAACUAUCCUGGUUUCACCCACAUAAUCAGAGCAAAACCAAAGGCUCAUUAAGGGUAGAAAUGACCUUUGCAUAGAUGGAGAACUGUUGAAGGUUUUCUAUGGAUGAAGAUGAGUACUGAGCUUGGAAUAGCAUCAGGCUAUGACAUAACACUGCACAUAUAAUCCCUCAGAGGGACGGGAUCAGACUCCUACUCUCUUGCUAAGUGAAGUGUUUAGCUGAAAAGCUCAAGUUGAAGCAGAGCCGCUGGAUCAGAAAAUACAUGGAUAAGUACCUAUUGAUUGCAAAAAGACUUCUCACGAGCAUUCAAAUGUUAAGAAAAUUACAUUACAGGAGGUCAAAUGGAAAAAAAUAAAUACUUGGCAUUUUUCAUACAGCAGACAGACAGAAUCCAGAUUUAUGCUGAAUCUUAGCUGCUCAGUAUAUUAUCGAUGCAGAAAAGCAGCAAAAGCAUUAGUUUGUCAAUUUGAGAAGAGCAAAGAUCUAGGCUUGCAGACAUCACAAACACCAACACAAGGUGCAAUUAAGACAUGUUAAGACAGGACCCAUGACAUUUCCCAUUGAUGUAUUGAUGACUGCAUGGUGCUGUAUGACUGCUAAUGAUGUUUAUCAGAUUCAAUCUGGCAAUCAGCACUGAUAACAGGCGUCACUCACCUUUCACCUGGAUUACUCGAGCACAACAAGUAAAAAUUGAUUACCACGGAUUGAAAAGAAAUUGCAAAGCUUUGACAAGAGGAGGGAAUAGUUCAAAAGAGCAUUAAGUGUUUGUAAGUGUGUGUCUGAACAUCAGAGAGGACAGUUUUUGAAUAUCUAAGGACAACGUAAUAACAGUUUCUCAAAGUAACCAUUUAGGGAUAGGAAAUGACAAGAACCCUUCCCGUGGAUCUGCCAUUAAACCAGGAUUUUACUCAACUGUGUGUGACUCAGAGGUUACAUGGUAGAUUUUACAGGAAGGAGCAUGAAGCAGAGAAUCAAGAGGCAAUACAACACAGGAGAGCAGAAAAAGAGAUGAUGAGAAAGAGAGCUCAUCAGCCUGUCACCUUUCUUGCACUUAAACCUCAUGUAUUCAUGUUUUAUUGCCAUGCUGUCACUCUCUUCUCAUAGGUAUGACAUGCCAGGCCAGGACUUCCUACACCGAGGAUGAGGUUUUAUGGGGCCAUCGCUUCCUGCCGGUGAUGUCUCUGGAGGAGGGCUUUUUCAGGGUAGAUUACUCUCAGUUCCACAGCACGUUCGAGGUACCGACACCACCAUACAGCGUCAAAGAAUACGAGGAGAAGAACUCACUGCCCUCGCCUUUAUCUUCGCCCACUCCUGCGCUGACUGAAAGCCACGGUGCACGGCGUGACCGCGUGUUUUCUGUGGAUUGCAUCAACACAUCAGAGGAAAGAGGCCGCCAGGGAGGGAGCGGGGGUCGUCUGCCGAGCAAGCUGCAGAGGAUGAGUUCAUCAGGGAAGGAAGACCUACAAAGGAAGGUGCUUCUGCUCAGCUCCCAGCACUCAGAAAAGGCCUGCAGCACAGGGGACCUGCCACUAAAGCUCCAACGUCUCAGCUCAUCACCGGGACCUGAGUCAGAGAACCGGCUGCAGCUCAAGUCACUCAAGGUGGGCUUCGAACCCAUGACUCAGUCGACAGGAGAUCUGUACCAGCACAGCCUAGCCCCUACACUAUCCCCUGCUCCGGUCCCAAUGCGAAGCCCGCUGCUUUCAGGAGGAAGGCCUGAGGACAAUCUGCCUGCGAAGCUGCGUAAGAUGAACGCUGAUCGCUGAAACCAUAACAACAAACUAAGCGACCUCUGGACAAGACAAAUAGAAAGAAACUCGCAUGAAAACAGACCAAGAGAUGUGCUUUGCCUUUGGAGGAUGUGAAAGGGGGGAAAGUAAUAUUGUUUUUUUUUUGUUUUUGUUUUUUUCUUGAGACACAAUCUCUACUGGAAUUACUGUGAUUUUUGUGUUUCAUAGCACAUGCAGAAUUUGUCACACAGGAAACAUCACGCUUAACCAUCGAAACUCGAUCAUUCUGCGAGAGUUUGAUUGCACGCACGCACUAAAUCCAUUGUUUGAUGUAUGCACCUCUGAAAUUAAUAGUCAACCUUAGUUUUAUUGAAAUAUAAAUUACAUUAAAUUAUGAUAAUAAAUGCUGUUUGAUUCUCUUUCUUUUGUUUUCAUUGUGGUUGUAGCACAAAUAAAGCAAGCGUUAAGUUUAUGGACUCAUUA